AUGAUUUAUGGUUCACCGGCACUUAUGUACAAGUACGGCUGUCAAAAUGGUACUUGCUUACUGGACCCCAAUUCGAACCUGAAGUCACGGACUUUUUUCAACAUUUCGCAGCCAUGGCUGACUAGUAUUCGCCACCGGAUUGCCUCUGGGUAUGUUGCCAAGAUGGUUCUCAUCUUUUCGAACGACCCUGGUGCCUCUUCGUUCGAUAUGAAGACGCUCGGUGGCCACUUCACUUAUACCGCUGUCGAAGAGAUCAUGUCUACCUUCAAAGGAAUUCACUUGAAGAAGCGAACCGACGUAUCACUUGCUUGA